CUUCUUGCCCGCCGCCAAUAAACAACAGAAGAAGAAAACCAGGAACUGACUAGUCUGACGUCAGGAGUGCAGAUAACCUCACGAAAGUACUUCACAGUAGCUCCCCACUGAGGAAUAAAAGUGACUGUGUAGCAUCGGAGGGAAGAUAGAAGACGAACCACUGCUAUGCUAAGAUGGCGACGUCCAGUCAAAGAGAAGGAAAAAGAGAAUCAGCGCCACCAACUCCCAGAAAAUCAUCAACGGAGAAAAAGCCCCAAACUGCAGAUAACGAUGUCCACCAGCUGAUUGGUCACAACAAAGAAGAAUGUUCCAAUGAUCCACAGGGUCGGCGCUCCACUUGGAAGCAGCGAGAUCCAAAGCCUACCCAGGUUAAAGAGGAAGAUGAGGAACUCUGCAUCACUCAGGAGAAAGAACAUCUUCCUGGGCUGGAGGAGGCUGAUCUCACCAAGUUUCCACUGACUGGUGUCUCUGUGAAGACUGAAGACCAUGAAGACAAACCACCUGAGUCCUUACGUUGGUUGUGUCCUUCAGACGUCGAGCAGAUGAUUGGUCAUCAAGAAGAAUGUCCCACUCAAUGGUGGAGCUCCACUUUGAAGCAGGAGCAUCCACAGUCCCUCCACGUUAAAGAGGAAGAGAAUGAACUCUGGAUCACUCAGAAGGGAGAGUUCCUUCUCCAACCGGAGGAGGCUGAUCUCACCAAGUUGCCACUCACUGUUGUCUCUGUGAAGACCGAAGACCAUGAAGACAAACCACCUGAGUCCUCCUCACAACACAUGACAACAGAAGAUGAUGGAGACCACUGUGGAGGAUCCCAAGCAGACAACCUCUUAGCUCCACUAUCAGAUAGUGACGACACAACAUCACACUCUGCUGAGGAUGAAGACUGGCACGACACCCAAGAACCUUUGAGCAGCGAUACAGACUGUGAAGGUGAUAUGAGGACUCAAACUGGCGACAAACACUCUGAAUGCUCCAAGAAGAAGACGAGUAAAACGUGUUUUAUCUGUUCUUUUUGUGGUAAAAGAUGUUCUCGUAAAGGACAUUUGACUUGUCACUUGCUGAAACACACAGGGGAGAAACCAUUUAGCUGUACUAUUUGCGCUAAAGGCUUUGCUUACAAAACUAGUCUGACUCAUCACAUGCUGAAACACACGGGAGAAAAACCUUUCACUUGCUCAAUCUGCGCUAAAAACUUCACUUACAAAGCCAGUUUGACUCAUCACAUGCUGAAACACACGGAAAAACCCUUUUGUUGCUCCGUUUGUGCUAAAAACUUCACUUAUAAAGUUAAAUUGAAUCAACACAUGCUGAAACACACGGGAGAAAAACCCUACAGUUGCUCGGUUUGCGGCAAAAAGUUUUCUUAUAAGGGUAGUUUGACUCAUCACAUGCUGAAACACACCGGAGAAAAACCUUUAGUUUAUUCUGUCGUUGGUGAAAGACCCCCGAUAAAGACAGAUAGGGUCUCUCACAAGAUGACACAGACAGAAGAAAAACUCUUCAGUUGCUCAAUGUGUGGGAAGAAGUAUUCUUAUAAAUACCUUUUGGACGUUCACAUGAUAAUGCACUCAAAGGAAAGUGCUUGUCACGAAGGGGCGGGGUCAGCCUCAGAUCAGCCGAAACAUUACUGGAACCAAAAAGGCUUUGAAUGGUCUUUCUGAUAUUCAUCUUUAAACCAUAAAUAAGCAAUGCAAUCAAUAUUAAAUAUGUAUUCUAAUCUGAUCAUGUGGGAUGUGAGUUGAAAUGUGGCAUUUAAGAGGUUGUUAUUAACAGAAUAAAUAUGGCGCCGAGGUUAUAAAGCCUGUUCUGUUGCAUCCAUUCAUCCAUUUUC